AGGACUUCUCCGUUUAACAGAAAUUAAAUAUUUAAAUUUAACAAAUUUUAAUACGUUUUAAUUAAAACACAAACAAACAGAUGUAAGAAACAUAGUGUAAAUAUUUUGUUGCGGAAUCAGCACGUCAUAAGGCGCGUCAUAAGUCUUAUCUUCACUUGCCGCUCUGUGGACUCACCACUGAUAUCUGGACACUUUAGGUUUCCUCGACGAGUUCAACAUGUCCACCGUGAGGCUGCUGCUCUCCUGUCUGCUUCUUAAGGAGGCUGCUACACUGGCGGGAAACUUCUGGCACAUCACGGACCUGCACUGGGACCCGACGUACAAAGUGAGCGAGGAUCCUCAGCGUGUGUGCGCAUCGAGUGGAACCCGCCCCGCGGCCAACGCGGGGGCCUUUGGGGACUACGCGUGCGAUUCGCCGUGGCUCCUUAUCAACUCCUCUGUGCACGCCAUGAAGGACAUUCUACCUGAUCCCGACUUCAUCGUGUGGACAGGAGACGACACGCCACACGUACCCAACGAGGAUCUGGGUGAAGAAGCAGUGCUCCACAUUAUAAGCAACCUCACCAACAUUAUAAAUCAGUUGUUUCCAAACACUAAGGUGUACCCUGCGCUGGGAAACCACGAUUACCACCCUAAGAGCCAGCUUCCUGCAGGCCCGAACCACAUCUACAACCGGAUAGCUGAAAUGUGGCAGCGCUGGUUGGAUCCAAAGUCCAGAGAAACAUUUAAAACAGGUGGAUAUUUCUCCGAAAAGUUGCUGAAUCGGACAGGUUUCCGGAUGCUGGUUCUCAACACCAACCUCUACUAUAAGCAGAAUCAGGUGACCCUGCCCCUGGACGACCCAGCAGGCCAGUUUGCCUGGGCGGACCAGGUUCUCAAAGAGGCCGCCAUCAACAAAGAAAAGGUGUACAUCAUCGGCCAUGUCCCCCCAGGUGUCUUUGAGAAGAAGAGAAGUACGCCGUGGUUCACGCCCAAGUUCAACAAGCUCUACUUGGACUUGAUCGAGAGGCAUCAUUCAGUCAUAUUGGGACAGUUCUUUGGUCAUCAUCAUACAGACACCUUCCGGAUGUUCUACAACUCACAGGGCUCUCCCAUCAGUGCGAUGUUCCUCAGCCCGGGUGUCACACCGUGGAAGACAACACUUCCCGGAGUGAAGGACGGAGCGAACAACCCUGGGAUUCGGGUUUUUGAAUAUGACACCCAAACGCUGCUGGUCAAAGAUGUGGUGACGCACUAUCUGAAUCUGACUCGAGCCAACGCCGCCAGCGGGCGCUGGGAGAAGGAGUACCGCCUCACAGAGAGCUUCAGGCUGCCAGACGCCUCCCCGGCCUCCAUGCACCAGGUUCUAGAGCGCAUGGCCGCCGACCGCUGCUACCUGCAGAGGUACUACGAGUUCAACUCGGUCAGCUACGACCUGAGCCAGUGCGACGGCGACUGCCGCGCCGACCACGUGUGUGCAGCCAGGGAGGUGGACUUGGAGAGGUACGAGCGAUGCCUGGAGAAGGAAGGGGCCGCUGCCCUCUACGGUGGGCUGCUGCCGGUCAUUUCCGUGGCUGCGAGUCUGCUGCUGGCCCAUCGGUCCAUCUAAUCAUUGGGUGGAAAAACUGUUGUUGCUCAAGAGGCAAAAGUACAUAAUCAUUCUGGUGUGGUGUUGUUGAUCAAAUCAAAGACCUUUUUCAAAUGUUAGUUUGUGCCACACUAACCUGUCAAACUCUGCUUUAUCUAUUUAAUGAAACCCCACGAGUAUAUAUAAAAAUCAGUGUGAUUGUGAAAGUAAAUGUGUCUAUAUAUAUAUAUAUUAUAACUUAGUUACAAACGAGCCAGUUAAUUAACAUUAGAUAACGCUGCAUUGUACGAGUUCUAAACAGCUUCCCCUCUCCCAUACCGCCAUGUAACAUUGAAAUGACUUUUUAAUGAUGUCAAUAAAACUAAGGGGAACUCAAAUGGUCAUAAAAGGACACAUG